AUGCCUUCCUGGCUCCUCAAGCUCAGUACCGUCAUGGCCCUGGCGCAGACAAUCACAGGAGCUCACAUUUAUAUCAAAUCAACACAGCCUCCGGCCAACAAGUACGUGACGCACUGUACGGUGAUCAUCGACGACGAACUCUACGGAUGCAAGGGUAGCUCCAAGCCCUUCAAGAAGAAGUGUGGAAGGAACAAGGGUACCGAGACCAAGAAGAUCUGCGACGGCUCCUCGGUCACUGUCAACUGGGAAACAGGGGAUCUGCAAUUCAAGAGCCAAAACGGUGACCAUGCCAACUGCACUCUUAGCACAACCAACCCGUGGGGCGAGUGCGAUACCAAUGACCCGAACAAAUACCCGAAGAUCGCAAGCCAGGCGGCCAGCCUCUUCAGUGUCAAUACUGCGUUGUACGGCUUAGCGCCAGUGGCUGCAGGACUGCUGAUCUGA